GAAGGACCCGCGACGGCCCCCCCCAUUCGCCCAAACCCGCAUUGCUGCCGCCCGUCAGCCUUCUUUCUAUAUUUGGCCUUCACUUCCCUCGGCCUGGACUCCGACUUUGUCUCUUCAUCAUGACUUCCCUGUAACUCCAUCCUUCAACCGCAGUCAUGAAUAUGCGGCAUAUCAUCACCACUCGUUAGAUCCGCAAUCGUGAUCAUCGCUCCGUCCUCUCAGUCUUCACACUCAAUCCAGAUUAGCACCACCACAACAGAUCGUCUGGUGUCUGUCGCACACGAACACCGCAAUGUCGUAUACAGUCCCCUCCACGGUCUCAUUAUCCACAUACGGAUGGGAGCCCACUCCCACGCCCUCCCACCAAUCCUACAUCCCGCCCCCCGUGUCGCAAGAAGAACAGACCGACGAAGAGACCGUGAGCGCAUUGUGGAGAUUCCUCGCGGCGUGUUCGUCGCAUCUCGUGCUAGUGGGAUUCCUCGUCAUGCCCAUGGCAUUUGGACUCGAAACCACAAAUUCGCACAUCGACAAGGUAUCCACAACCAUCGCCGCCUCCGUCCUAAUAGCGAUCGGAUACACCCUCUCCCUCAUGCUUGUCUGUUUCCAGCAUCAAGAACAGCCAUAUCUUCUCCAUUCUCUUUUCCUACCAUGCAUAACAACCAACCUCCUCUCCCUCCUCAACCUCCUCCUCCACAUCUUCACCCGCAACCUCCUCCCCCUCGGCUCCCUCGAAACCGCCAGCCUGAGUCUCCCCGCCGUCUUCACCAUCCUCUACGCCAUGGGCGCGCUCUGGACCUCCGUCACCGUCACCAUCGAGCCCGCGGGCGUCCGUGACCGCGACCACGCAAGCCCGCUCCUCACCGAGGAGGAAAUGCAGCGUCAGCAGCUGCAGCGGCUCUUGCUGGAUCGGAAGUCCCGCAAGGGUCCGAGUCCGAGGAUCGCCCAGAAGACGUUUUCCGUAAAUGCCCCGGAGAGGAUUAAUCCGGGCAAGGGGUGGGAUACGUUUACGCCGGAUGGCAGGGAUGAGGGGGGGCUCUGGCGGAGGUAAGGGGGUGGAUGGAUGUAUCUAUCUAUCUAUCUAGCUGAUAUCUAUCCAUGGUGGAUUUGAAUCCAUAGUCCCCCCUCGUGAAGGAAACGAAAUAUCGGCUUGCUUAGUUUAUAUAUAUAUACCCCUGUUCUAAUUACGAAUGAUAUCAAACC